AAAGUCCAAGAAGACAGGAAAGAGCAAGAAUCACUCUCAGAGAGAACUAAAGAUAAUUGCAGCUGCUUAUUGUUGACAUUACCGAUGUCUGCUUUGUGUUGUUGCUGGGAUGUCAGAGGACAAAUAUCAGUCUGCAAGCUGAGAAGAUCAACUCUGCUCUUGCCUCACCAGCAGACAUACCUGAGACUCCCUCCACAAUCAGACAGAAAAGUUAAAGAAGACACUUGCAGAAGCCUCAAGAUCCUUCUCGUAUUCAAGCUGUUAAUCUACUCUUCCUUUGGCACUUUGAGUCAAGCAGCAGAGGAUCUGACCUAUCACGUGAACGGGAUCCUGGGAGGAUCAGUAUUCCUUUCUUUAAAUGCACCCCCAGCCCAAAAAGUGGUCAAAAUUGAAUGGGCCUUCCACCCCACAUCUGGGGAUCCAUACCUGCUUGGUGAGUUCAGGGAUGGAAAACUGGAUCAGUCAAAUUUCAGGAGCCAGUAUGAACAACAGAUGGAAACUGAGGAUGCCAUUGCAUUGAGGAUCAAGAACUUGGCAAUGGUUAAUGAGACCACGUUGAGGAUCAAGAACCUGACAAUGGAGCACGGUGGGCUCUAUGAAGCUCGUACCUGGAUUAACUCUGCGCUGUUCCAAGAACACCACUUCAUCCUCACUGUUUAUGAGCCAGUGCCAAGACCAUGGAUACAACAUAAGGUACAAUCCAAGACUCCAGAAGGCUGCAAUGUGUCCUUACAGUGCCAGGCACCUGUAAAGGAGGAAUACACUAUCUCCUGGAAAAGUGGGAAUCCCCCCAGGGUCUUAGUAGGAGGUUUGGAUAAGUACUGGCUUUCUGACAAUGGAAGGAAUCUCCACGUCUCCUGGCGAAAAAGCUCUUCUGACUCCACAUUCACUUGCCUGGUCAGCAAUCCUGUUGAUCGAAACCGUGCCUCAUUUGACUUGCUCAAAAUCUGUGCAAGUGGGGAAGGUGGACAACAAAAGUACUGGGGGAUCCUGCCGCUUCUCGUCUGUGCUGUUGGAGGUUCUGCAUGUUUGAUAAUGAUAUGGAAGAAGAAAAAGUUGGGAAAGGAGAAAGAUGCUGCUUCUGCGAUGCAAGCUCAAGAGGGCUCUCCUGCGCCCUUCCUCAGAGGAGACCCCCCCAAAAGGUGGUAA